UCGCAGCAAUCAUGAAAGGCCGAUUGCUGAAGAGCCAGGCCUUCGCUUCGCUGACGUUGAACAUUAGCUGCACGCAAUGGUGCCCCUGACCUCCUGCUUCCUCUUCACCACCGCCACCAUCUUAUCCUUCUUCUCUCUGUACAUCCCAACCCUGUCCAUGUCUCAGAUCAACUACUCCUACUUCUACGAAGUCUGCAAGCCGCUUUUUUGCGGCAACGUGAUGGUCUCCUUCCCCUUCUUCUCCACCAAUUCCUUUUGCGGCCUCCCCGGAUUCAUGAUUACCUGCGACCCCUCCUCUCCGCCCACCAUCACUUUCUCUGACCGUCCCUACCAGGUGAACAAGAUCUCCCUCGAUGAGUCCUUGCUCUUGGUGUCCGACCACCAACUCGCCCAACACCUCCGCUCCAACUCCUGCGACGCCGCCGGCUUCCUCCCGGCCGCCAGCUUCGCUUCCUUCCAAAUCCCCUACUGGAUCAUCUACCUCAACUUCUCCUGGUGCCGUCGCGACGAGGGUCAGCUUCCUCUCAACUUCACGAGCGAAACCGUCGAGUACGGUGGCUGCCAAGGGAACUCCAGCCUUUACUUCCUGUCAGGGACGUUGAACAACGACACCAUGCUUCCGGCGUCGUGCGACCAUGCGUUGCUACCCAUACUGCUCGCGAGUAUCGUUGAGGCUAAUCUCACGCUGGCGAAGCUCAAGAAUACCAGCGUCGUGAAGUGGGACUAUCUCUUUCCAAUAGUGGACAAAGGGUUCGCUCUGCAGUGGGAUUAUAACAACACGGAUUGCUUGGUUUGUCAGGAAUCCGGCGGGCGGUGCGGCUACAACCAGACCACCGGGAAGCCGCUGUGCUUUUGCAAGGACAAAUGCAGUCGAGAUGGAAAUGUUGGUGCUACCAAGUUUGGCACAUGGAAGAUCGUUCUAGGUAAAUCGUCUCCAGAAUCUUUCUGUGUGAGUUCUGUUUCCGGCACUGUUCUUAUACAGUACUCUUGUUUGAUCAUGCAUGCAGCUGCAGUUGUCCCAACAGCAUUCCUAGCAGGGCUCUUCGCAUUCGUCAAGUUCAAAGAGAAAGGGGCAUCACUCUUUCACCGUCUGAUCAGGAAGAGAAGCACGAGACCAAGCGGCGACUCUGAGAUCAAGGAGUUCAUCAGCAACUACAAAUCGAUGCUGACCACAGAAUACUCGUACGCCGACGUGAGAAAAAUCACAAAUGGGUUCAAGGAAAAGCUUGGGGAAGGAGGCUACGGCAAUGUUUACAAGGGGAAGCUCCCAAAUGGACUUCUGGUAGCUGCCAAGGUGUUGGAGAAGACCAAAGGCAAUGGCCAGGACUUCGUGAACGAAGUGGCCACCAUCGGUCGAAUUCACCAUGUGAAUGUCAUCCGGCUUCUAGGCUUCUGCUGCGACGGCACGCGCCGAGCUCUGUUCUACGAACUCAUGCCCAGAGGAUCGUUAGCUGAUUUGAUAUCCAAGGAAGAGAUGCGGCAGAAGCUGGGUGCUCAAAGACUGCUCGACAUCGCUCUUGGGAUCGCCCGGGGCGUCGAGUAUCUCCACAACGGGUGCGAGAAAAGAAUUCUGCAUUUGGACAUCAAGCCUCAGAACGUCUUGCUGGACAGCAGGUUGCAGCCCAAGAUUUCAGACUUCGGAUUGGCGAGAUCGUACUCUCGAAAGGACAGCAGCGUCUCUUUGACAGGCGCCCGAGGUACCGUCGGCUACAUAGCCCCCGAAGUGUUCUUGAGAAGCCUCGGGGGCGUCUCCCACAAGUCGGACGUGUACAGCUUCGGGAUGCUUCUGCUGGAGAUGGCCAUGGGGAAGAAGGAUGCGGCGGCAGAGACGGAGCGGUCCAGCGAGAAUAAGUACUUCCCCGACUGGAUCUACAAUCAGUUACAGGAGUGGCUGCGCGUGGACAUGGAGGACGUGGUGGCGGUGGUGGAGGAGGAUGUUGCCAUACUGAAGAAGAUGGUGAUGGUGGGCUUGUGGUGCAUACAGACCGAUCCGGUUAGCCGUCCUUCCAUGCUCGGAGUGGUAGAGAUGCUCCGAGGGGCUGCCGAGCUCAUCGACAUGCCUCCGAAACCUCGCCUGUUCUCUUCCCCGAGGCAACAGCCGAAGGAGAGCACUAGCUACGGUGAUGAUGGCACACGGUCCUUCUAUUACACAUUCGAGAGCGAGUCGUGCUGAUGGUAGCAGCAAGCCCAGCUGGUAUCAGGUGGAUCUCUUUUGAGCGUGGCACUCAGAACAGGGGAACACAGAAGGAAGGCUAAGAGAAGAAGGGGAGCUGUUCUUCUUGUUCCUUGUGCUUGCUGAUCUGAAGCAUCACAAGGGACUCCACUCGAAUGCAGUAAGAAAGUUCUGAAACAUAUCCCCUUCUGUUCAAGAUUUAAUGUUUGAUACUCCUGCGUGUGGAAUUUGCUCAACAAAAUAAGCAAGAUUCUUUGCCAA